AUGGUAGAGAUGCUGCCAACUGUCAUUGUGCUGGUCUUGGCAGUGUCCGUGGUUGCCAGAGAUAACUCCACGUGUGAUGGCCCCUGUGGGUUACAGUUCAGGCAGCACCCACAGGCAAGUUUCCGGAUUGUCGGAGGGCAGACUGCGCAGCGUGGGGCCUGGCCCUGGAUGGUCAGCCUACAGAUCUUCAUGUCCCAUAACAGCCGCAGGUACCAUGCCUGUGGAGGCAGCCUGCUCAACUCCCACUGGGUGCUUACAGCUGCUCACUGCUUCGACAACAAAAAAAAAGUCUAUGACUGGAGACUGGUUUUUGGAGCCCAGGAAAUUGAAUAUGGAAGAAACAAGCCAGUGAAAGAGCCUCUGCAGGAGAGAUAUGUGCAGAAGAUUGUCAUCCACGAAAAGUACAACAUCGUGACCGAGGGCAACGACAUUGCUCUCUUGAAGAUCACUCCUCCGGUUGUGUGUGGGAGCUUCAUCGGGCCCGGCUGCCUGCCUCAUUUUAAGGCUGGUCCUCCCAAAAUUCCCCAGACCUGCUACGUGAUUGGGUGGGGAUACAUGAAAGAGAAGGCCCCCAGGCCAUCGCCUGUCCUGAUGGAGGCACGUGUGGAUCUCAUUGACCUCGACCUGUGUAACUCAACCCAGUGGUACAAUGGGCGUGUCACAUCAACUAAUGUGUGUGCAGGGUAUCCUGAAGGCAAGAUUGACACCUGCCAGUGGUGGGCCUCUCAUGUGCAGAGACAACGUCGACAGCCCCUUUGUGGUCGUGGGGAUCACGAGCUGGGGGGUAGGCUGUGCCCGUGCUAAGCGUCCUGGAGUCUACACAGCCACCUGGGACUACCUGGAUUGGAUUGCUUCCAAGAUCGGCCCUAAUGCCUUGCGCUUGAUUCAGCCAGCCACCCCUCCCCCGACGACUACUCAACCACCGGUGGUCUCUUACCACC